AUGGCACAUGUUCCUGCGUCCGGAUCAAUCGUGGUGUCUGACUGGCACCGAUGUAAAGACAGCAAAGAGUAUUUUAGCAAAAUUCUACACAAGAAGAGACGAAAACCCUUUGGUAUGAGAAAUAACUUUCACCUUUAAGUCCAAUAACAUCGGGGUUUCUUAAUUUUUGCAUGUUUAUUUAUUUUGUUUAUUGUGCAAUCCGUGCAUAGCCUACCUGUAACAUUAACAAAGAUGUUUUCAUGUUAAUUUCUUAUUUUUAAGUCUCAAACCCUUCACAUUCAGCACAUUAAUAAAUGGUAUUCAACACGUUCUUGAUGUAACCAUCAUAAAUAAGUUUUAAAAUUAUUAUUGUUGGUGUUAUGAUUAUUUAUUGUUGUUGAUGUUAUUGACAUUUUAAUUAUUUAUUAGUUUAUUUUAUUUUCAUUUUUAAAAUUAUUUAUUAUUGAUAUUCUUAUUAUUGAUAAUUAGUUUAUUAUUACUUAUUAGGGUUUUAUUUUAUUUCCAUUUUUUAAAUUAUUAAUUUUAUUGUCCUUAUUAUUAUUAUUAUUAUUAUUGCUAAUGUUGUUGUAUUAUGAUUUGAUAGCUACUCCCAGUGCAGUUUUGGACCUUAUUCUAUUAUACAAUCAGACAACACCCACAGACCUGUUUUAAACUGCAAACCUUCUUAAACCAGAAUGUAAAUCCCUAGAUAAAAGCCUGGAAGCAUGUCUCCCUUUAAGCAUAUAAUAUAUAGCAUAUAUAGCUACAAUUAGGGUUACAUACAAAAUAAAAUGAAUAACUUUAAGUCCAGAUGAUUCACUAGACUCUUGAUGUGGUUUCCUCAUUUUAAAGGUCUGUUAGAGUCUCCUGUGAUGCCCCCACACGCAGCUGUGGACACAGUUCACUAUAAAAUCUUCAUCUCUGGCAAAAGUGGAGUCGGGAAAACUGCUCUGGCCGCACGCCUCGCAGGUCUGAGCACUCCUAACUUGCACUAUGAAACUACAGGUAAGUCGCUGCCCUACUCUGACGAGAUAAAAAUCACACUUUUAGCAUGAUUCAAUUUAGAAACUAGUCAGGUCACAUGAAUGUAGAUGCCCAUCUGUUUAUGCAUCUGUUGUAGGUAUUGAGACAACAGUGGUGUUUUGGCCUGUGAAGCUGAGAGAAAGUGGCAGGGUGCUCUUUUUUCGUCUGCAGCUGUGGGACUGUGGAGAGAACGCCCUGCGUAGAUUUGACCACUUACUUCCGGUAUGUAGAUGAGAUAUCAAGUACUUCAUAAAGACAUGUUAAGAGUUCUGAAAUUAAUUAGCUAUACAGAAUGUAUUUCAUUAUUCUUGGCUAAAAUAUACACUUUUUUUACAGCAUUACACCAGAUGUUUAAUCCUAUCAUUUCUGUCAUCAUGUCUCUUUUAGUCCUGUAAGGAGCAGGUGGAUGCUGUUCUUCUCCUGUUCUCCUUCACUGACAGGACGUCAUUUGAGGAUCUGUCGAAUCAAAUUGCCAAAUGGACUGAGACACCAGUUGUGAAACUGGUGGUUGGCACUAAGUAUCCUUUUUGUGCUUUUUACAAAAUAUGUGGAACAAUUUUGAAAAAUAAAAAAAAGGUUAAUCUGUUAUUUUAAGUCACUACACUUAACAUGAAAUGGAAUAUGCUUAUAGCUCAGUAUAGAUAUGUUAAUAAACUUUAUAACCAGUCAGGUCUGUAUGGGCUUUAUGAUCACAUGAGCAGCUCCUCCUGCUGUUCAUAAGAAGUAUUUGUAGCUUCUACUGCAAUCACCCCCCAGUUUUUUCUUUUUCAGUUUCAUCCAAUUCCAAGGCAAGUUUUUGUCUUUAACUUUUCCGUUCAGAUUUGACUUGUUCAUGCACUGUGAUGUGGCAGAAAGAGAUGUGAGGGACUUCCAGGAGAGGUGCGGAUUACCUGUGCUGCGUACAGGUGGGGAGGUCAGUGAUGGGUUGGGUGACGUGGCCCCCAUCCUCAACUGCCUGGCAGAGAAUUUGUGGCAUCAGGACUGUGUUAUUGCCAGAUCAGGCAGCCACCAUUCACAACAAGAGACAGGGACUCUACUUUGA